UAAAUAAAAUAAAUUAUAUUUAUUUUGUUGGCUUUUCAAGAGACUCUUCCGAUGGACUGUUUACCUUCCCAAUUUAUAGUCGUCAGUCUUUCUUUUCCGGCGCAUCAUCGAGCUUGUUGUAUAUGUUUCAUCUGAGCUUGUUGUCUUCUUAAAUCAAUAAAUCCUCCCAUUUUCAGGAUUCUACAAAGAAGCCAUGGCAGACUUGAAUUCAAAAAUCACUCUUAAACUUCUGAUCGAUGCUCGUAGCAACAAAGUUCUUUUCGGUGAAGCUGGUAAAGACUUGGUAGAUUUCUUGUUCAGCCUUCUUACCCUCCCACUAGGCUCCGUUAUUAAGCUCCUCUCUCCUUCAACUAUGAAUGGAUCUAUUGGAAAACUUUAUCAAAGCGUAGAAAAUCUUAACGAGAUUUAUCUUGUAGCAAACAAAGACAAAGCCUCUUUACUUCAACCCAAAGCAUCCACUUAUGUUAACAAUCUUUUGCUUCUUGCCACAGAAACCAGCGUAGAGCUCAAAUACUAUCUGUGUAAUUUUUGCAGUAGAAAAGUCACUACUGUGAGAAAUACUGUCUGCCCAAACUGCAAUCGUGCGAUGGUUAUCGAAGUCGCCUUUGUGGUUCCAUCGGAUUCUGCUUCUUCUGUUAGUUCUGGAAAUACAGGAGAGGGUGUUGGAGGCUUUGUAAAGGGAGUGAUCACCUACAUGAUUACAGAUGAUUUGGAAGUGACGCCAAUGUCUGCCAUCUCCAGCAUCACUCUUAUCAAUCGCUUCAUCAUGAAGAAGGAUGUCCAACUAGAGGAGAAGGUGGUUGCCGUCGGCAUCGAAGAGGGACUUGCUUUGCUUAAGGCUUCAUUAGACUCACCAACUGCUUUGACUGAUGUUUUCUGCUCCCCUGAGAAGAAGGAAAAACCUCCAUCUUCCUCUUUUGUGGAUGAUGAUGAUGAUGACGACGAUGACGAUGACUAAUUACUCUCUCUUUGUAUAUAUUUUGCUAAUAUAUAUAUGAGUAUUGAGAAAUGGUAAUGAGGUGCAUAUGGAAAUUAUUAAAAAUAUUAUGUCUAUGACACUUACAUUCAUUAGAAUAAUAUCAUGGGGAAAUUUUAGAUAUGAGCAUAAUCUUCGUCAAAUUUACAACAAAUGAAAAUUUUAAUUAUUGUAAUAUUUGAACAACUUUAAUAUUUAAUGUAAUUUGAGCAAUUAAGCAUGCAAUAUUGUCAUUUGUUUGUCCCUAA